AACAAGCCCCGUAGACACGCAUAUUUUAGUGUCGAUCCCCAGCAAUCCACACAGCCGCCACAGACGAGGGCUAUAUAAGCAACAGGGACGGUCAACUUUGGACAUUCUGUGUUUAGAUCUUACGAGUGUGGGAAAAAAAUAGAACUUAAUCAUGGUGGAACAGUUUCUCAACAAAUGGAAGGCCGAUAUCACUUCUUACAGUAAUUUCGACGAGGUCAUGGACGCCAUGCAACUUGAACCAAUGGCCCGCCAAGUAUUCAAAGAAAAGGCGGGAACACUGGAAUACCAGUUAGACGGGGACACUUGGACUGCACUGGCCGGGGUAGAAGGAUUAGGAGUCAGAAAAUAUGUUUACAAACUCGGAGAAGAAAUUGAGGGGAUAGGCCUAGACGGAGUACCAUUAAAGACUACGUCAAUUCUAGAUGGCGAGGCUCUUAUAGAGAAUUCAACUUCACAGAAAACUGGUAUACCAAUUACAAUCACUCGCCGCGUGAAGGGGGACAUUUUAGAAUGUACUCUACUCGUGGAUAAGAAAGGUGUUCAGAUGACGUACAACAUGACCAAAAUGUGAAUUGAAACUAAGUAACUGUUGACAUGAACAAUGAUCAAACUAUGAUCUAGUGUAUGUUGUGUGCUUGUUUACGUCAUUGGCAAUAUGAUAUUUUGUGUAUAAGUGUUCAGUGAAUAGUCUCGGUGAAAUGCAAAUACGACGUCGAUAUACAUUUGAAACCAUGUUCAUUUCGGGUACAUUUCCAAAUUCAUUUGAGCCCGUCAAACUUCUUUGUUGUGGUUAUCAUACUCUUGAUUGCAUGUAAAAUUAUAUUAUUGGCAAUUUUUACAUAAAAAGACGUGGUAAUCGUAUCACCAUCAACAUAUUAUAGUACUUCAUUCGCCAACAUGCUGUCCUCAAAGUCUGUUUACAUUAUCAGAUAUAGCCUUCACAACUCGAGAUUUUGUAAUUCAAGGACAAAUGUGUAUAUGCUGCAUUACUGUCAACGUCGCCAAGUAACAAAUGAUGAUCUGAUUGCCAUACAUGAAAGGUUGAAAUAUGAUCAUCUCCCGUAACGUGUAUCACAACAAGAUGUCACAUGAUAGAAGUCGGUGAAUUCGUGAAAUUUACAGCUGUAUAUGUACUGAUAACAUAAACGCUAGCGGGAAAUAAGACUUAAACACUUUUCUUUUGAUUAAAUGUUGUAAUGUUUUAUUGUUGGUUUCUGUCGAAGAACGAUAUGUUGUGCUGACGGGACCACGCCCAAUAAGAUAAGACUGUGUUUUAAAAAAAGACAAAUUGGGAUUUCACUUGGUCUUACCACAUUUAACCAAUUUUUUUUGUGAUAAAAAUUUGAGGCGUAUUAUUUUGAGCCUGAAGUAAAUAUGUUUUAGCUAGAAAAUAUCUCGCCAUCGAUCGUCAGGUAGUGACAGACAAGGAACUUUAUCAUUAUAAGGUUAUAACCAACCAAUAUUUGAUUUUUAAUUUCUCAUUAAUUGUGAAAUUUGAUGUGCUUCCUUAUACGGGAAUUUCGAUGUGAGAUAGUAAAGCAAUAUAUAUUAUUUAAAUAAGCGUCAUGGAAGAUUUGAAUUAUUUCGACUUAUCAAUGGUUUUAUCAGCUUCCGUCGCAAACAUGGAAAGAUCUUAGUAAACUAACGCUUGGCUGUUAAAGUGUGAACACAAGUCAUCAAUGAUUUGUUAUUACAAAAUAGUGUGUACACCCUAGUAAAUCAUCUAGGGUCAAAAAGAUCGGUACAUCAGUGACUAUGUUAGACAAAUUUCGAGAUGCAUAUUGUGAAAUCAAUGUUUAUGAACAAUAAAGUUUUGUCUUUCGUGA